CAACCCAAAGCGGCCAGCCCCGGCCCACACUGUAACCGGGAAAAUGCCCUUCCCCUCCUCCGCCCCCGUCGAUGCCGUGCUCACGACUGCAUACGGCGACGACGCCGGCCUCCACGGCCUCAGCACCGCGGGCCACAACGCGGCAUUGACACCGGCAGAGGUUUUGCUCGAGGAGGCGGAGCGGCACGACUUUCAAUACGGCGAGGUGCUCCCCGCGGGCGUGCGCAAGGCUCUCGGCGAAGCGCACCUCGACGCGCAAAGCGGUCGCUCGCUGGUGGAGCUCGGUGCGGGGACAGGCAAGGUCGCGCUGCAGGCGUUCCUCGAAUGCCCCAGCCUGCUACGCGUCACCGCGGUGGAGCUGGCCGCGGCGCGCUACCGAGUGGGCGAGGCGGCGCUGCUGCGGCUCUGUGAACGGAUUCCCGAGCGCUUUUCGCUGCUGGCGCACGCACCGGGCGCAUGCGUGCGGAUCAGCGAGCGACCUCCCGCGGCCGACACGAGUGCGCAUCAGCGCGAGGGCUCCUCACGAGAGCUGGAGCUCUCCGUCGGCGAUGUGUUUGAGCUGGGAGCGGCGGCGCGAGCCGCGCUCGCCGAGGCAGACGUGGUCUUCUUCGAGGUCUGCUUGCCUCGCACCGCCGAGGCGGCGGCGCGCGGCCUGGCGCUGCUGCGCUCGACCAAGGCCGGCAGCCGCGUCCUCUCCUACGAGGCGCUCGAGGCGCUCGAGGAGGAGGCGGCGGGCGGGAGCACGGUGUGCAGCCCAAGGGCGCACCCGCGGGUCUGCGUCGGG